AUGGCCGGGCUUGAUGAUGUCUGCGAAUCCAUCCCAGUGGAAGCAACCAUUCCUGCUUUUGACCUAGAUAAUCCACAGGCUGAGGAGGCAUAUGGAUCAGUCAAUCAGGGCCUGAUCGCAGGUGCGAUGAUAGGGAUGAAUACCACCUCUAGGAUCCCUGAACGAGACCGAUACCAUCAACGGCCUGAACAAUUGCUGAACCUCAGCCAGCUGCAAGGACUCUACAACCGCAAGGAUGGUGGAAGGGCCUUCCGCCUUCUCAGGACAAAGUACAGGCUCAAUGUCGAUCACAGUUUUUAUGAAGAUGGUGUCACCCAACACUUUGCCUACCGCACUGCAGGGCACCACAUCGACUUCUCCCUCAAAGUCCCAGAUCGCAUCGGUUUUGAUGUGAUCCUUCCUCCCCCUUCCAUUAAUGUGAAUACCACCUGGUGCUUCCACCUCAACUUGUUGGGAUCUUCCCGUCCAUUUCUCAACCACAGGGGUGACCUUGGCUUUGACCCCACAGGCAGGAUGCUCUUCAUCGGUACACAGGAUCAUGACAACAUCUUUCUUGCCAUGGCACCUCGCUCAUUCCUAGAUAAUGAUAACGAUCCAAUUGCACUGGGUACCCAAUCCGAGCGCACCCAGAUGACUCCCGCACAUGUCCGUAUGGCCACUUGCAUAAUUCUCUGGGCAAUGGGCCGUAUCCCCAACAGGAGCUACUCCACACAUGACAACUACUACAUAGAUUUGUCCGGGAGGCUUGACCAAUACAAGGCCAUCACAGAUUGGGUCUCACAGCAAUCGUCAAAAGCGAUGUUAAAUCUCUCCAGUGUCCGGUCUAUGCAUGACACGAUGGUUCAACGAUAUGAAUCACACUUCUUCGAGAAUGCACCUGAGACAUGGCAUCACGAUCCUUGGUUCAAGGAAUCCAUACCGUUGAUUGUCUCGAUGAAAUAUGGUCAAGACCUACUGCUUGACACAAGUGAUGUCAACUUGGAGCGAACCAUCACUACCUUUGGCCAAAACUAUUCUUUCGAGCACAUAUCACGUUGGAGCUUUGCCAUUGCCACCCACUUGCGUGCCGUUGCUGUUGCUAAGACAGUCAAUGUGGACCCUGAAACUAUCCUAGAAGAGCAUGACGAGGUUUAUGAUGAAAAUAAUGAACCAAUCACUGAUCUCGCCAAUCUGCCGUACCAGGACAUAGAUGGAAAUGACGUUAACAUCUAUGACUCAGAGAAAAAUAGGAUUGAACGUAGAGUCCAAUUUUUCAGUGCAACAGCUGCACCAGGGGGCCCUCUCUUCCAGUUACACGAUGCCCCAACGAUGUUUGACCACUUCCAUUAUGGCGACCGGACUGGAAAUGUGUCCAUCUCUGUCUACCCACAAGCAUUCAUGACACGCUUUGGGCAUGUGCAAGCAAACACCGUCCUCCCUGAAUUCCACAGGGCUGCACAGGGAAUCAACAGUGAAUUGCUUUCUCGAACAAGGCAAAGACAAAGCCACGACCCCAUUGGAGAAGACAGUGAUGAUGACAAUAACGAUAGUGACUAUGCACCCUCAAACCGAGAAUCUGAUGAUGACCAACUGCUUGGUGGUGACGAACUUGACACCCAGGAGGUUGAGGACCUCCUUCAUCAGCAUGCUGUGGAGCCCCUAAAGGGUGUGUUUUUCCAGGGAUACAAUGAGUUGCAACAUCGGAUUGCACGGAGGUCAGGAGCAGCUGAAACCAUGCAUGGAGCCAUAACUGCUGCUCUUGCUGGACAAUAUGCCCAACCGACAGAACGCACAAAGGCUGAAGAGAUGUCCUCCUAUGUGGAGCGGGGGAUGCCAUUUGACCGAAUGAAGCAUAAACUCACAUCCAAUGAUCCUGACUUGCGACCACCAACUGAUCUCCGACUGGAGAAUUAUUGGACCAUCAACUUUUCUGGAAUUGCACAGGAGAAACGGACUGGAAGAGCUGUUUUCGAGAAGAUUCUCACCCCCCUUGUGGACACAUGGGUUGAUCCGGAAUUGGUAGACAAACUCAGGCGCAAUUUGGUCAUCUUCAAACCUGAGGUCCUUCAGCGGACAUAUCUUUGGACCACAUACCCUCUCUUCUGGGCCAUAGAUCACAUCUACCAAUCUGAAGUCCGACGCAAGAGAGAGGGACGUCCAGCAAACUUGCUGCUGCGAGAGCUGCUUUCAGCACUGGAACGAGCUGGUAGCUUUGGGUUCUGUGGUGCAGGAAGGGUGCUGUCCACAUAUGUGAUGGACCCUCUUUUGCUUUCUGUCGGAAUCAAGGAAACUGGAUUCCCAUGUCUGAGUGACAUGGUGGGGAUCCACCUUGAACGAAUGGAAAAGAUUGAUGUCGAUGCAUCCAGAUGGCCGAAAGAUGCUGCAGGAGUCCCACGCUUCGCAUCAAAGCGUGUUGUUCUGUACAACUACUCUCAGGCCACAUAUGAUCGUAUGAAAGCCACCUGCUUCAUUGAGCAUAUCCGCCUUGGUCUUCACACCACCGAACAUCUCCCCACCUCCCUCCCAAGGGAGGAGAAAAUCCUUCAGUCACUAGCCAGUUAUGUGGUUGAAACGCUUGAGACAGAUGCCCUCUAUGAAAUUGAGAAGGGAAUCAAGAAAUCCCUGAAUGCAAGCUAUGCAACUGCAGACCGAGAUGACCGACGUCGCCUCAAUAUCCAAGCUGAUGCACUCAAGGAACUCUUGUCCAGGGCACACCCCUUUGACAAUUCUAAAGUGGCCACAGAGUGCCAGAUUCUCACACUUGCUACCUCCUCUCAAGCCAUACACUCAAUUUUGAAGAACCUGCCCCGCAUUGAUGUCUAUGAAUGGGUCCGUGGCUUGUAUGCAAUGGUCACACCGCCUGACCUUGUUCAAAAAUCAUCAUCAACAAGGAAGGGCCUUGGAGCACCCUUCUUUCGACAAGGGUCUGCUGCGGAAGUCUGCACUCAAGUCUUCCAGGCAUUGCGAGACCUUUGCCCACACACAUCAUCCUCACAAGGGCAACAGGAGUUCUGCAUUGAGGCUGUUGUCUUUCAGAUGGAUUCAAGACGGAUGUAUCGAUAUCCACAUUCCACCAUGUUUCCCACAGGGAGGUCGAGUCAAUGGGCACAGUAUGAUUCAUGGGUGGACUUGAUAUACCCCAGCAGGAAUGCAAGACGACCUGAUCUGGGAACCAUGUCUGAUCCAGAUCGCCUUGCAGCCUCCAUUGCCAGCACCCAGAUUACAGAGGGAAACCCACAGGCAUCAUGGAACUGGAUUGAUGCAAGGCUUGGUGACCUUACAUGGGUCAUCAAACGUUCUCGACUUCCACUUGACUGGAUCCAGCAAGACAUCUUGAAGGACCCGAUGUCUCAGGAGCUCACGAAUUGGGUCACCGAGAGCUAUGAUAUGUUGGAUGCAAGAUUCCACAUCAGCCUCAUUGCUGCGUUCAUCCUCACUGCAUGGGCUCCCUUCCAUCGGGUCAAACACAAUGAAGAGAAGAUUCCAGCGGAACGGGCAAAGGGUGCAAACAUGGUUGAAUAUGCCAACAGCCUUGUAUGGGAUCGUGAAUAUGGGAAGACUCAAUCAGGGUGGAAAGCAAAGCCACCACUCUUCCACCUCUGGUUGAUAUACAUUUGCGGUAUUUUGGUGGAGGACAGUCCUUGGUGGCGGAGACACGAACAGAAGGCCCGAACUCAGUCCAUCAAACUGGCCUCCCGUACUGCUGAGCAAGGAAAAAAUGCAGAGGUGAUGACCAUGUUCAACACCAAGCUCCAGAGGAAAGGGGUCACCAUUGCUGUCCUUGCCCGACUCCACCUGGUAGAGGCCUGCAAACCUAAUGCAUUCAAGCCUGGAAGUCGCUAUCAGAUGGACUGGAGGCGCCAUCCGAAGGAGGUAUUGGAGUCUAGGCUUGCGACCAUUUCCAAGCACCUAGCCCAACCUCCACACAUGUGCCCUGUGUUCUGUGCAGUGCGAUAUUUCUUGGGUGAUGAGUGCCGUUCCCUUCACAUUGUGGAGUCUUUCCGAGUACCACCCAUGAAGGAGCGAGUGCCCUCCACUUCUUUGGCACACAAAGCUUCAGAGGCAUCCCUCCGUGCUGAUUCUGAGUCAUCAGAAGAUGAAGCAGAGAAUCCUGGGCUGAGUGCGCGUCCUAGGAAACGUUGCCGGGUUCUGUAA